AUGUUUCAGUUUAAGUGGACCUCGCUGCACCUGCACAAGCCACACAUGGAAGGGGUGCAGAUCAGAGGAGCGAGGAGGAGCCAGGCUUGCCAGGGUGCCAUUUCGCAGGACAGGGCAGGUAGCUACCAAAAGCACGGCACAUCUUCUCCUUUUCCUCCUACAUGGUAUGCCUCGCGAGGCGUCUUGCCAUAUCCCGGUAUCAUCUGGAGCUUCAGGACCCGCACCAGACCCUCUUCACUGGCAUCUGGCGCCAAGCUCAACACCAUCUUGGGACAGCCCCUCAGCCAACCCAACGCCUCACGGCCCAAGCUCCCCGUUUCUCCAGCUGACUUUGAUCCAGAUCGCCUGCUCGCCUAG